GCAAUGUGUUGAGAAACUUAAAUCCGUUGAAGCUAGUAGAGCUUCCCUUGUCUCUCAGUUGAGGGAUGCUCUAAAUGACCAGGAAUCUCAGUUGGAAGUUGUGCGAACUCAGAUGCAGGUAGCUCAGGCUCAGGUGGAGGAGGUCAACAUUAAUUAUGAUAAAGCGGCUCAACGAUGAAGACUAUGUGCCCAAAGCCACAACUGCAACACAAACAGAAGCAGAUACAAAUGGCAAAGCAGGACACACGCCAAAGAAAACUGCAGCAGCUAUUGCUGCCGAGGUUGCAGAUAAGCUUGCAGCCUCGAGCUCCUCCGUUCUGUCUUCAUUUGCGGCGGAAGCAGCAAAGACUGGAGCUUUGAAAUCAACCCCCGUUAGCUCUUCUGCCAAUGAUUCUGUGCCAGACCCCGCCAUGUUCAUGUCAGCACAGCAACCCCUUUCUGCUGCUCCUUGGAACCAUCCAUACCAUACUAUGCAGAAUCAGAUACCGAGCUCUCAGCCUCAGUUCCACAUGAUGCAGAAUCCUUCUUCUCAGCAGUACUUGCAGCCUCCUGGCGGGAUUGUUACUCCCUACGGAUAUGGUAGCAUUAGUUCCUUGCCAUCAGGACCACCGCCUCCA